AUGAGUGAAGAUAACAAUACAACUACAACUAAUAAUAACGAAACAAGUUCUAUUUUCUCGGAACAGGAUAAAGAAUUAGCAAGCAAAGCAAAACACGAAUAUGAAGCAGGACAAUUCGAUGUUUGUCUGAAAACUUUGCAGAAAAUUUUGGAAUCGUAUCCAGAUGAUCCAAAAGUUUUGUUUAAUAUUGCCUUAACUGAAUACUCGAUGUCCAACUAUCAAAAAACAGAAAUAUUCAAAGCUCAACUGAAUAAAAUCGCUGAGAAACUCAACUGCGUAUCAGACGAUGUUACAACUUUGGAAGAACCCGAUCAAUGUACAGUAUUCUAUAAUAUGGCCGUUCUUCUCUAUCAUAUGCGUCAAUAUCAAACAGCAUUAGUCAUUGCUGAAAAACUCUUCCGACUAAUCGGACAACUCGAUGAAACACUUUCGUGGAAAGUUUGUCUUCUUCUCACUGAGCUCGAUUUGUGUACAUUUCAACCGGAUAAUGCACUGGGUGUUAUUGCACAUCUCGACAAAUUACUCGCCGAACGAAGUAGUCCACCAUCAAAUGGUGUAUCUCAUAGUCCAAAUAUGUUAAAUGAUAAUUUGGAAAUUCUCAAAUCUAAGAUUAGUUUGUAUAAAAUUCGUUGUUUACUCAUGCGUAAGUCAUUGCGUACAUGUAAAAAAGAAUUAAAACAACUUCAAAACACCAAUCUAUCAUCAACAAAUCUAACCUAUGCACGUGCGAAUUUCGAAUAUUUCAAAGAAAAUCACAUUCGAGCAUUAAAGAUUCUCACCAAUAAUCAACAAACUAAUCCAUCAGCCCCAUCACUGCAAAAAAACUCGUCCCAUUGCUUUUACAACAAUCUUUCGUGUAUACACUUUCAUUUACAUAAAUCUGCAUUCGCUCUGUUCUACAUGCGUCGUGCCUUAACCGAAAACAAUCGUUUGUUGAUCGAACAAUUAAAUUCUACUGACAAACAAUUGAUUGCUCAUCAAAUCAAUCGUAAAUAUGAAAUUCUUUACAAUCUCGGCAUUCAAUUACUGUUCAAACAUCAGCCACUGGCCGCAUUUGAAUGUUUAAUCGAAGUCAUACAUAUUUAUUCGAAUAAUAUUCGUCUAUGGUUACGUUUAGCGGAAUGUUGUAUAAUGGUCUAUCGUUCAUCGAAUGAGGACAUAUUCAAAUUAGAGGAGAAGUUGAAAUGUGUGUUACAAUCGAUCGGAACCGGUUUUCAUCAUAAAUUAAUUCUGGGAAAUUGUAACACGUCAACCUCGAUGAAACGAUCAACGACGAAUGAUCAUGAAAAUUGUUCGAUGGAGUUCGCGAUGAUUUGUUUGAAAAAUGCGUUAACAUCUUUACCAGUUAUUACUGAUGCGGAUUUACAAAAAGAAGAAACGAAAUUGUAUCCGGCGCCACCAGGAAAUCCCAUGCGAAUUGGCGACAUGCUGUCAUUGAAAUGUUCGAUUUUAAUUGCAGCUGCAUACGUUUCCCUAUGUUUAAACGAUUUCGUUUUGGCGAAGAACUAUUCAACAACUCUAUUGAGUGAACCUCGAGCAUCCUCUGGACAUAAGUAUCUUGCUCGAUUAUAUUUAUCCGAAAGUUUCUUAGCUAUGAAUAAAGUCGAAUUAGCACUCACGCAACUCGAUGCCGAUACAGUGAAAAACGAAAGUGAUCUUUCAUUUAAAAUACCCAUCACUACAGUUGAUAAAGGAGAGGAGAAACCUGAUACACCAGAAACAACACCAACAGUUCCGAAAGCUGAUUUAGUCAACUGGUCACCACGUGAUGCUCGAGUCGGACAAGCGAUUAUUUACUAUAAUAUUGCUGCUAUCUAUGCAAUUACACAUGAUGUUGAGAAAGCUUUCAAAAAUUUCAAUCUAUUUGUUAAUUUGUUUGGUAAAUCACAACCAGCUCAUUCAUUUCAAUUGAAAUUCUACUUGGAUUUACUCGAUGGUAACCGUCAUCGACUUCAAAUUUUAUUGAAAGAAAAUUUCGGCCAUUUAACAUCGAAUAAAUCAUUCGUUGCUCUUCCAACUCACACACAUCCUGCAUCAACUAACAACUCCUAA